AUGGCCAGAACGAGGAAGGACGUUGACACUGGAGUCGACACGCGCACCCUGUAUCGAUUGCGACCCGUUCAGCCCUCACCCAUCAGUCGCACAAAGCCAAGCGCGCACAAUGCGUUGACCCGACGUCAACAACCUAAACCGCGAAGCCCGUCAUUAGACUUUUCAUCGAGUCCCGAGCGCUGCCCCGCGGGGGACGAGCCUAUCUUUCCUGACGAAGACAAUCCACUUCAGGAGUUUAGUUCUGCCACCAAGUCUACCAUAAUUGCACCCUAUGCAAUAAUGGGAAAUGAGACCAUCGACUCUUCGGGUCGCGGGCUCAACGGAGCUGAUCUUACCCUUCGCGAGUACGAUGAUCCGCCCGACCUCGAAAGAAAAACAAAGCGGACGCGUCUAGGCGAGAUGGGGGGCGGAAAGGACCGCGAGCACUUGGAAGGCAGGAAAUCGUCCGGGCAAAGGAACAAUAGCAAUUCAAAGGAGUCAAAUGGCGCAGAUCAUACGGCCGAAUUGACCGAGCCUGAGGAGCAGCGAGAUGAUACGGAAGAGCCGAAACACGAAGUCGAAGCAAUCGUCGGUCACACCAUCUACAAAAGAACCAAAGUCAAGCUCAGGGUCAAAUGGGCUGGUGACUCCAAGCCCACGCUCGUCGAUGAGUGUGCCUUUCAAGAAGACUGCCCAACUAUGCUUUACAGCUACUGGAAAUCACGUGGGACCCGCGAGAAGGCAACAGGAAUAAAAUUAUUCCACAUUUUUGGUAUCUGCGAUUGGAGGGUUAAAGACAAAUUGGAAUUCAAGGUGCACUGGGUUGGAUACCCCCCUGAGCAGUCAACGUGGGAGCUUGCUUGGAGGGUGAAGGAUUUCGUGGAAGAGAUGCACGCAGAGUAUUUGGAGACACAUCCAGCUGCGAGAAGGGCUUGGGAAAAGGAGAAGUAG